CAAUUAUUGAUGAAUCAAAACCUUUCGAUCGACACUCUCUCCAUAAAAAAAGAAGAUAGUUCAAAAACUUGGAAUAAUCAUCUUAAUCAGAAAGGCUACUCACAACAUAACUGCACUUGGUCGAGUACUGAAACGAGAAUAUCGCCAAGCUUUCAUCAUAUUGUGUUUGAUUGUGGCGAAUGGACAGAUGUUUAUAUUUAAUGAAAAUGUUCUUAACUGUUUCGUUUUUUAGGGUUCCCGAAAUCGUGUUUAUAGAGUUAUUCAAUGUCAGGAAAAGGAAAUAACUCAGCUGAUGAGUUCCUUGUCCGAUGGUUGGAAAUUUGAACAGUUAGUUAAUAUCAAUUCAUCCUCUGGCUAUAUUUACGGUGAUUCAGAACAUUGCGAAUUUCUUUGUAUUGUAUCAAAACAAUAUGAUCGUAUGCCACGAGAAGAUGCAAACGCUUGUGUGUCAGAACGAGUUAAAAUUCUUCAAGAACGUGGUUCAAGAAUGUGA